AUGACAGCGCUAACCUCAUUGAAAAAAAGGUAUACAAAAGGGUACUUUCUUCAUACCAAAUUUGUUUCGGGUUUCUAUCUUAUAUUGAUAGGCCGCAUAGAAUACAUGAUCAUCAAAGCUUGUCUACACACUCUUUCGAAGGCAGCUCACAUGAUAGAAAUCGUAUCUGAUUGGGCAGAUUUCCUUGGAACUCUUCCGCAGUCCGGAGAACCUAUUGCUGGCUUUUCGUUAGUACAAUCAAGCAACUAUUGUGAGUUAAAAAAGAAUUUAUUUCUAAGUAGGCGACGUUUUAGAAAUGCAGUUUACAGACUUUAA